GGUCUUGCAAAGAAUUGAACUGUUGCCAUGGCGCUGCUUGGACGGACCUCUAUGGGUGCGUGAUGGGAGCAUGGCAGACUCGGAGGACCUCUAUGGAGAUCUUUGCAAAGAUCUUCCAAAGGUCCCAGCUGCCUUGGCACCACCGGCACCGCCUGCCUCAUCGGUGGCCGGUGGCAGGGAGUCGUGGGAGCCAAAAGCCAGGGCGAGGAACUUGGUGUGGAAGCCACCGACGCCCGCAGUGGCCACAGCUGUGACUGGUGCCGGUGCUGCUCCGGCAGCGGCAGCCUCCGGGGCCUCCAGCACGGGCUCGCCUGUGAAAGGGCCGAGUGGCAAGGAGAGUGAGGUGAUUGACUUGGAUUCGCUGGAGGAGCUGCAGGUAUUAAACACCCGCUCCUUCACCUCUCCUCCAGCUCCAGCACAUCCAGCUCAAGCAUCCAGCUCGGUGGUGCCGUCUGCCGGCUCCGCGCCUGAACCAGCACCGGUCGCUGCAGCUUCAGAGGGCGCGAACCACCCAGAGUUCAUUCCGGUGCCACGGCCGCGGGCGGCGCGGAACCUGGUGUGGACGCCGACGCCGCCCGUCGCCGACCCGCCCGUGGCAGCGAUGGACGGGGAGCAGGGCGCUACGGCGAAGGGCGAGGAGCGCGAGGAGAUCUUGAAGGUCCUGAACGCUCCAAGCGUGGAGUCCAUGCCGGAGGGCUUGGACAUCUAUGGCGACUUGUGUGAGGUGCCGACCAGAGGGGCCUCGAGUGAGGUGAAGACCCCGAAGUUCCGGCCGAGGGCCAGGAACUUGGUGUGGAAGGCCGAGAACCCGACCCGACCCGCACCGAAGCCGAACUCAAAGCAGUCGGAGGUUGUGGUGUUGGAUGAGGAUGCUGGGAGCGUGGACUUGCCACCGCUUCAAACACAGCAGCAGGUGGCAGCUUUGCAGAAAGCUCUGGCAGAGGAAGAGGCCGAGACGUCCAAGACUUCGCUGGGUCAGGCCCCCGCAGCACCUGCCAGCCCGGUCUCAGAGGAAGUGGAGGAGAGCUCGGAGGACGAGGCGUUGGGCCUUGGGGAGGUCUUGGCCUCAAAGACGGGAGCUCAGGCGCCGCAAUGGGCGGCGGCCAACGCGGCAGCAGGUCCAAGUCAUCGGGCCGCCCCGCCGCCGAGCAUGGCAUGUGCAUGUCGGCCUCAUGAUUGCUUCCUGCUCUUGGCUGGUGUGCCUGGCUGGCUUACCGAUGCUGAGCUUCGAAAGCACUGCAGCCAGUUCGGGGCGCUGCGCAACCUCCGGGUCUUGUGCGACAGCAAGGGCAAGUCCAUGAGUGUGCUGCUUGUGGAGUUCUCAAAGCAGGAGGGGGUGCAGCAGGCGUUGCGCGCCGAUGGAAUCUGCCGGAUCCGGCUCUUGCAGGGCUUUGGGCUCCAGCCGCGUGCCAUGGAGGUCAGUGCGGAGCUCCAUGCCGCCCUCAGUGAGGCGGCCAGCGGCGAGGCGGCGUGGCCGGACGGCGGCGCGUGCAGCGAGGCCCUGCGGCAGCGGCUGAUGGAUGUGUGUGGCCUGGAACCGGUGCGCAAGAAGCGCCGAACACAGGAUGGCCCUGCAUUGACGCAGGAGAUCAAGAAGCUCAAAGGUGCUCCCAUCGGUCCUGGCUCUUUGCCAGCGCCCAAGGUGGUCCAGGAUGAGGACUGGACGGAGAAGUUGAAAGCCUUGAAGCGCUCGGUCCAUCCGGCUUCACCACCUGAAUCGCCCAAAGCACAGGACGACGCCGAGCACUGGGCGAAGACGAAGCUCCAAGCGCUGAAACGUUCUGUUCACCCCUCUGCGGCCGAUGCUGAACGGCCUGCCCCGAACGACCGCGGUCGUGGGGCGCUGUGUCCCGCGGGUGCCAGCAGCCAGGCGCCCAAUGGCUCUGGCGAUUGGGCCCAAAAGCUCAAGAAGCUGAAGGGUGCGGUGAACUCGCAUGGCCGCUGAGGUGGAGGUCGAAGACUGGGACUUAGAGAGGUGUGGAUUCAAAUUCACUUUCAUAUCAAUAGUAGCACUCGGAAAUUCACUUGUUUUUUCCUCUCCACCUGCUGUAUAUUAGGUCGUGGCCUAGGUUGGACAUUUCAGGCAUUUUCCAAUGCAUCAAUGAUUUGUCACUGUCCAUGUCCUUCGCUGGUUUGUGUUUACCACGUUAUGAUAGGGAUUUAGUGGGCCUUGAAAUGUGAGACAACCUUUUGGAUUUUGCAUAUAUUUGCAUAUGACACAUUGAAGAGAUGCCACCCAGUCCCACCCACACCCAGACACUCCUUGGCAUAGUCACCGAUCAGUUGGGAUGGUUCAAAAGUGGUCUUGCUCUAUCUUCCACACGUGGAGUGUCUGGAACAUGAGAUGACUGCAUGAUUGGAAGGGUUUACAAGACCUCUAGUAGCCAUUGCACAGUGGACCAAACGCUGGGACAUGGGCACAGUGGUGUUUUUUGACUCCCAGCUUCAGGAUCGCCAAAGCUGAUUGGCAGGACACUACUCGACCGGUUUAUUCCACGACCGGAGUUUUUUUGUAGGAGAUGUUCUGGAUUCUACAGGUCAUGGCCCGGGCCAUAGGUGUCUACUACAUGCUUAAGCCUCUCUCUCGUACCAGGCUUUGUUGGUGGCCCAGGCCAAGAAGGCCCAGUGAUGGAGGCCAAGAAGUGGUUGGGAGUGUUUCUGCAAAUGGCACCACUGGCACUGCUGACGUGCUUCAU